AUGGUGAGUGUGGGUGACAAGAAAGGGAAGCAUUUAUUAGGAAUAGCUUUUGAUCUUACGAUUAAGAGAGUAAUAACUAGAAAAAAAAAAGCUUCAAGUCGGGUCUCGGUGACGCCACCAGUUACCAUGAUCAGUUUACUGCUACUGCAAUCUGACAUGGAAUUAAUCAAUCUAGUUGAUGAUAAUACAACAACUCCAUGCAUUCCACCGUUGUUACCUCGUAACAUACUCUCAAACACUCUUAUUCUUGAUGAUUUGUCUACCUGCUAUUAUCACUAUGAUAGACCAAAAAGAGAAGAAACAACGGCCGCAACAAGCACGGACGUGGCCACGUUAAGCCUGUUCGAUGUUCGAACUGUGCAAGAUGACAAGGCAAUAAAACGCUUUACCAUACGUAAUAUGGUGGAAAGUGCAGCGAUCCGUGAUAUUACAGACGCAUCUGUUUACCCUGAAUACGCUCUGCCAAAGCUAUACAUCAAGCUUCAUUACUGUGUAUCAUGUGCUAUUCACUCACAUGUGGUCAGAGUGAGAUCACGAGAGGGACGCCGUAAGCGAGAUCCACCACCACGAAUUCGCUAUAAUAAGGUACAGUACAUAAAUCCAGCAAGUCAAGCUUUGUAA